AUGCGAUGGGGUGCCGCAAUCGGCGUGCUACUAUCGCUGGCGGGCGUCAUCUUAUUGGGUCUGGCCACGUUUUGUGUGCCAUAUAAUAAUAAUAUGUGGCUAUUUGCCAUUCAUGGGUUCGUCGAAGUCCAUUGCGGCGUGCUUGGCUACAGCAAGGGUGGCGAUCCAUCGGACCACAAACUCGGUUACGAUAUCGGCGCAGAUGCAGCGCUCGGAGUCAACACGGGCAGUUACUUUAAGCCACUUACGUAUGCUUUUGUCCUGUUUCCGAUUGGGUUCGGGAUCAGCAUUCUCAGCACGCUGCUCGGUCUUAUUAGCAUGUUCCUCCCAUUUUUUUUCGGAUGGCUCGCUAGUUUGUGUGCAUUCUUGGCCAUGCUCGUGACGGUCGCUGGGUUUGCAAUUGUGAUUGCUUUGUAUUUCUUUGUCAAGAACGACCUCUCGCAGAUGGUCACGAUUGGUUUUGGGAGUGCUUUUUGGGUCGCUAUUGCAGGUACGAUUGUGCUUUUGCUCGCGUCCUUCUUCUUGGGCACAAGCUGCUGCUGCGACGGUAAGAUGGGACGUAAGCCCAAGCACCACCGCCGCUCGCAGUACGACCGCAUGUUUGCCGCUCCAUACCCUACACAGCCGGCACCUCCGCAGGAGGCGAUCCCCAUGCACAGCUAUCAACAGCCUGUGCCUGCAUUCUACGGCUAUGACCCGCAGAAGUCUUCAUCGUUUGAUACACCAAACACCUCGUUUGGCAAUACGUCUUACGGCCAAACGUACCCAAGCACCCAUGAAGUGUACGGCGAUCCUACCUUCCCUACCGAGUCCGCCACUCACCUCAUGCAGCCCGGAGAGUACCAUGCCAUGAACUAUGCAGGGCAUGGGGCGCAUGCCGCUUCAGCCGUUGUUCCACACGACGCGCAGGCCACCACAUAUGCGCCACUGCAGCCUGAGCAGUAUACAAGCAGUGGUACACAGACGCCGAGCUAUGCGAUGGGCGCGCAAGCAUCGAACUGGUUCUUGCCCAACGCCCCACAGCCGCCCGCGCAGAAUGCGGGGCUUGUCGAUCCUACAGCGCUUGUGCCCCAUGCAAUGCCCAGCGCACAAAACGAGCGGAGCAUGGCGGCGCGCCGCGCAGCACAACAAGAGAAGGCACCAUACAUUCCUUCGUAG